AUGGCAGUAGCACUUGACUACGUGAAUGUGAUGAUAUACGUGUUGGCCGGCGCCUGGGAUCACAAGACUGGCCAUCACUCGCCGUAUCAAAAGUGCAUAGAUUAUAGUAUGCCCAAAGACAAGGUGUUGAUAGGAAUGCCAUUUUAUGGCAAAACAUUUACACUGAGUGACCCCAACCAACACUCUAUGGGCGCCCCCAUCACCGGUGCCGGACACACACCGGGCGGACACCAGGACGCCGCCUAUUACAGCGAAAUGUGUGAUUUGGUUAAGAAUAAGGGUUGGAUUAAAGAGAGACCGGAUCAGGGUCACGACCCCAUUGCGUACCAUGGUGAUACAUGGGUUGGCUAUGACGACCCAUACCAAGCCUAUGACAAGUGGGUUAAAGAUAACGGUUUUGGUGGUAUAAUUGUAUGGGAGAUUGGCCAGGAUGACAUUCAUGGACAGUGUUGCUCGAAUAGUAUAACAAUGAAAGUGCUGUUAUAUACAGCGUUAGUGUGCGCACAGUUAGCGCUGUCCGUAUGUAAGCCCCGAGUGGUCUGUUAUUAUCCCGACUAUCGGUUGGGACCGUUGCCGCCCGAAAACAUAGAUCCAACCCUUUGUACACACAUACUGUUUUCAUUUCACAAAUUGGACCAGGGUAAAAAUGUAAUUGUCGACAGCACCGGCAGCGCACGACCUGAUAUAUACCGACGCCUGACAGCACUUAAGGCUCGCAACCCUGAGCUCAAAGUGAUUGUGGCGGCAGGUGGUGGUGGAGCCCCCGACGCACCAUGGUCGAAUAUGAUCAGCAAUCCUAGUCUGAGAGCGGCGUUUGUUACCAAUACUGUCGCCUAUUUAAAGCAAUACGGUUUUGAUGGUCUGGACCUCGACUGGGAGUUCCCGGUCUGUUGGGGCGGAGACUGUAAUAAAGGACCCGCUAGUGAUAAACCUAAUUUUGGCAAACUUGUCACG